UGGUUGAAUACACUCCUCGCGCAGGAACAAUGACAUAUUCAACUCUGGAGGUCUCAGCCAAUCAGAGGGCGUCAACAUUUAAAGGGCUAUUAAGAAACAGGCAAAACGGCGGAGUGCAAAGCCCGCAUCUCAUUUCUAUCGUAUUCAUUCGCUUACGAGACACUAAAUUUGAUCCUACAUGGCUUUUUCUAAGACAGGAUUGAAAUGCUGCUUUUCGCAGUAGAUAUCAGGACAUGUACGAUUUUGUGGAUGCGCUCGUUUAUCUGCUGCACUUGUUGCUCUAAGUCUAAGGCAAACAGGCGGAAUCUAACGGACUGAGAGAUAGGCUAUUCAUUCACCGCUACAGACCGACGAGGUCUACGUGUUUUCAUUUCGCAGAAACUGUUUCUUCGAAAACACCAAAUAAAGUCGCGUCCACUAUGCCAGUGUUAAUGAGUCCUGAGAUGGCGAAUAAAUUCAAAGAGAGAUGGAUGAUGCUUCAUCCGGAGGAUCAGGACAAUGUCAGCGGCUCUGUUCACUUUGACGACAGUCUCACCAGUCUGCACUGGCUGCAGAACUUCUCCAUCCUCAGUGCCAAUCUCGAGAGGACUCCCAGCUCCGGCUGCCACCCGCAACACCUCUUCUACCACAAAAACCAGCUGGGGGGCACCGACUCGCCCUCCAGCCCGCCUGCCGGAGAUACCGCCGCCACAGGGAUGCCACAAACACCUGGGAAUCCAACAACGUCCUGCAGCAGUUCGGCGAAUUCAUACACGCACCAGCAAGCGGGACACUACAUAACGGCGCAAACAAAUCCUUCCGAGGAGAUCGACUAUAAAACAAACCGCCACGUGAAGCCACCUUAUUCAUAUGCCACUCUGAUUUGCAUGGCAAUGCAAGCUAGUAACAAAACCAAAAUCACCCUGUCAGCCAUAUACAGCUGGAUCACUGAGAAUUUCUGCUACUACAGAUACGCGGAGCCAAGUUGGCAGAAUUCAAUCCGCCAUAACUUGUCCCUGAACAAGUGCUUCAUGAAAGUGCCCAGGCAGAAAGAUGAGCCAGGAAAAGGAGGCUUUUGGCAAAUCGACCCACAGUACGCUGACAUGUUUGUCAAUGGCGUUUUCAAACGGCGGCGAAUGCCUGCCACAAACUUCAAUACCCAGAGACAGAGCAAAACGUUAUCCUCUCCCAGCUCCUCGUACGGCUCUCAGUGCAACCAGACUGGCCAACAAAUGGGAAUGGGCCACUUCCAAGGACCUGUCCCGGGAAACAAACGCAAGCAAGUCUUCUCCAAACGAGGCAGCAAGCUGGCCAGGGUCUCCAAAAGCCCUCUGUUAACCACCGACAUCAAAACUUCAGACAUACUGAGAGGAGAUUUUGACCUGGCGUCUGUUUUCGACGAUGUGCUUAGUGGGAAUGACAGCACGUUUGAAGAUUUGGAUAUCAACACAGCGCUGAGCUCUCUGGGGUGCGAGAUGGAGCUAUCUUCACAGAACCAGCACGGGUCCGUUUACAGGAAUGAGGACGAGCAGGCUUGUGCUUACCUAGAGGCGAACGGCAUGAUGGGAUGCAACAUGGAGGACUUUCACCAACAGCACCAGCAGCAGCAGCAGCAGCAAGUACAGGUCCAUCCGCUAUAUUACGAGGGAAUGUUCUCAGAUCAGGUUCACCAGCAUCAGCAGCACCCCUGGGAGAUUAAAGAGGAAGUCCAAGCCAUCCCAAUUUCCCUGGAUCAUGGCUAUGGGCUUUGUGAGGGAUUCCUCUCUGAGAUGCAACUCUGGGAAAGAGCAGAGUCAUAUCUGUGAACAUGUCUUUGCUGGUCUGAAGACCUACUGACUUUUGUUUUGCUACAUUAGCAUAAUGAAUUACUGAGGAUGUGGAAGGUUAUAUGUAAUUAUUUCUUUGUACUUCUUUUGCAUUUUUAAGAACCUAUUCUGAUUCAUUUAUAAUUACCCUUGAUCUUUAAAUUCUUGAUUUUUUUU